ACAAAGAGACCUAGAAAUGCCAGUUGAUGAGUUUAAAGAAAACUGCACGAUAAAUAUCGGAAGUUGCGACAACUCAACAUGGUUAUGGAACUCAUCCAGUUCCAAUGACUCGGAUGAAGAUUUGAGUUCACCUUUCAUCACAAAGUUACAAAUAGGUUUUCAGCUGGUCGUUGGUUUGCUGGGAACUUUCGGUAAUGUAUUGGUUUUCACCGUCAUUCGAGAAAUGAAAAGGAAAAAGUCAACAACGGAUAUAUUUGUACAAAAUCUUUCUAUUGCAGACCUUGGAAUCUUCUUGCUGUCAACUCCGCUCAUGGCUAUCAAAGAAAGAUUGCCGUAUAACUGGCCUUUUGGGAAGUUUGCUUGCCUUUAUCUAUAUCCCAUUCCCGAAAUUUUUCACGGGGCAUCGGUUUGGUGUAUUGCUGUUAUUGCCUUCGACCGAUAUCGACAGAUAAUAACACCGCGGAUUUAUAGUCCCAACAAACGCAGGACUUUGCUGAAGAGGGCCAAGUAUGUUGUUGCCUGUGUAUGGAUUGUUUCUUUUCUGGCACCUUCUUUACCACUUUACUUUGUCGUGGAAUAUCAGAGAACAACCGGGAGAUGGUGUGGUCCUCGCUGGCCACAGCGGUUGUUUGCACAAGCGUACAUGAUUUUGCUGACAGUUUUCUCAUAUUUGUUACCUCUAGCUGUGAUUUCAUGGACUUAUUUGGCGAUCUCGCGUAUAAUUCAACGAAGUAAUGCAUUUAUCAAAAAUAUAACACAUGGUAAUGGAGCAUUGGAAGACAGGUGCUGUGUCUCUUCAACAAAAAAUGUGCGCCUGCGUCAAAACAGGAGGGCAAAGAAAAUUCUCACACCGAUGGUUUUGGUGUUUGCAGUUACAAUGCUUCCUCUCAACGUCUUCAGACUAACCAUUGUGUUUUGGCCUGCAAUGGGGAAACAAGAUUAUUAUCAAAACCUGCUGUACGCAAUAUCGGUGUUUGUUAUGCUGAACUCUGCGGCCAAUCCUGUUAUCUAUUCAAUUGCAAGUAGGGACUUUCGCAGGGGAAUAAAAAAUUUAUUUCAUAAAGAAUCGUGA